UUUCAAAUCUAAACACAAGUAUAACCUAUAAUAAGUGUUUCUAUCAAUGAGUUAAAAUUUUUAAUUUAUUACUACUUGUAUAAAUUUUUUAAUUAAUGUAGUAAAUAUUUAAAUAAAAUGGAUCUGCAGAAUAAAAAUCAAAGCGCAAUAGAUGAUGAACUGAAACAAACGUACGAGUUUUUAAAAGAUAUUGAAAAAGAUCUCCUUGAAGAAAAGAAUGAACUAAUAAAAAUACUGUCAAAAAAACCAGUCGAAACACUUUCCCCCAGUGUUAGCCCGGAAGACAUUCAAAUCGAACAACUCAAGUUCGUAAAGGCGUUAUUGAGUGACGAACCAGUUCCCGAUGACAGAUUACGACCUGUCAUUAAUUCAGUCGAUGAUUUUACUUCCCUUGAAUCCGAAUUAUUGCAAGAAAUUUCAGAGCUUCAGAAAAUUUUAGACCAAACUAAAUCUAAGUUUUUAGCUGUGAAGAGCAGUAUUAGUUCUUUGGUCAAUGAGAAAAAUAAUUUACAAAAAAUGAAAGAGGUGUGUUCAGAUGCUGUGGAAAAUGUUGACAAUGUAACGAGUGAUAAAGAUAUCGCAAAAAUAAAAAGAUUAUUUCAAAUUGUCAAAGCUGAUUUGGCAAGAGUUGUUGAUAUUAUUUAUCCAGAGGACAAUUUUCAUGGUUUACUUCGGGAUCUAGUCAAUGCAUAUUCAAAAGAUGGUGAUGAAAAGUACAUAGAAAUCGGAGACGUAUCUUUGGAUUGUGUUCAAUCGUUAAUCGAAGCUGAUAUUGCGAUGUACCAUCGUAAUGACAAGAAUAAAAUCCGUCUAGUGGAUCUUCUCUAAGUAAAUAAAAUAAGUAUUCGCCAAUUCAAACACUAAUAUUUUAAAAAUAAAGUUUCAAUACUUCAUUUCUUAGGUACAAA